AUGACUCACGCAAUGCCGCCGUUGAAGGUAUGCCCUAAUGGAGUGCUGCGGGACGAAGAGUGCUUGAUGUUUGCCCCACCUGACUGCACUACGUGCCCAGGAGGCUUUACAGAGUAUAUUGUCGACGGCAUCAAGGAGUGCGUUGCGACGAGAGUGGCUCGCAUGAAACUGGCUUGCUGGGGACCCCAUGAGAGGAUGGAAGGAGAUGUCUGUAUCGAGCGUACGGUCCGGCCACUCAUCAUGGAAUGCAUGAAAGGAAACCUUAACCUCGAAAAUAAAUGUGAAUUUAUCGAUGCAAAGCCACCGAGGGCCGUCUGCAGCCCUGGAUUCUUCGAGUUAGAUGGAUUAUGUAUACAACGUAGAGGAGCACCAUGUGACGACUCACCUGAUGGCGACUCACCUGAUGACUCUUCGCUGCCGUGGACUGAAAAAUCAAAAUCGAUGAAAUCUAGCACCGAAUUUAGUGGGAAUGUCUAUCAAAAGGAAAGCGACCUUCCAAACUUCACCGCAAAAAAGGUGAGCACCUAUUCCACGAUUUUUCCAACACUUCAAGCCAGCAAUGAACCUGAGAUGAAUUCAGUUGAAUGGGAGCUGCCGGGCCAAUCAUUCGACGAAUUCACCGCUUCUGAAGCACGCAAGCAGUAUCCAUUUCGACAAGUGACUGCCACGACGGAAAUGCUUUCUACCACUGGGCUGGAGCAAGUAUCGAAUUAUGGUAUGGACGAAUGGGCCUUCUCUACUAAUUAUGAAGAGCUUACGGAACACGAACACGGCCAGCGUUGGGACACUGCGAACAGAAUCUCAGGAUUUUCACGUGCUGUCGCCUCACCAGAGUUUCUCUCCAACGAAGUGAUUGGGCGCAGACUUGAGGCCGCCAAACUACCAUCUGACCAGUCCAUGGGAGCAGUGCAAGGCAGUGAACUCCAAAAUUCAGGGCGCCUUUCACCGAUUUUGAUUGCAAGUGAAUAUUUAUCCAAGGAAAAUCUAGGCGCAGUGUGGCCACGAACAGAAGCUCCACCAGUACGCUCUUCUUCAGGACCGCUAUAUGUUAAUCUGAUGUGGAAUUCCCCCGUCCGUCCAGCCUCUUCGUUGCUUCAGAAAAACAAUCUUUUGGUCCAUGAUACGACGCCGGGAAUACCGGCAAUCCGUCCGCAGCACAUUCCGGUUUACCGGCCCUGGCACGACCAACGAUUCUACCAUGAAGCCGCUGGGAAGCAAGGCCCGUUUGCACGCCAGCAGCUACACUCAGCAAACUUGUUUGAAAAGGGCUUUGAAACGCACUUGCAGCCCCACGUACGCAGUGAGGCGCCACAAAAAGUAGUAACGGACGUGCGCUGGAGGGCUAAUGACCCUGCGGGAGCGGAUGGGGCCGGCAGUAAGGGGAAGAGAAACUCUCACUCGCAAGCCAGCGCAGACAUUAUUUCGUCCUCGAACAGUGUCUUUCAAGGUGAGAACGAACAAACUGUGGACAAAGAAAGCGGCACUGCAAAUGUAAACGCUCACCAGCAUCACUUGGUGCUCGAUGGUCGCCACUUCUUUAGAAAUGGUCCUGCACAGAAGAAACGAAGCGGCGCGAAGGAACACUGCACUAAUGAACACUGCAGAGGAAGUCGCGGGCAGCUAAGUAGGCGCAGCUCUAGGGACAGCUCUUCGCAGCGGUCUUUCCAGGAUAAAACAGACGGAGAUGUGCAGUAUUUGCAUAGAAGGCGCCUUGAAGCGCUAGACUACAUACCAGGCUGCUACGAAGAAGUAAUAGAGGCACCUAUUGACUGGGCUUGCGAGCCGAGCUAUUCUCUGGACCCCGAACAGUUUUUGUGCAUCCGGAUCGAGCUUACCAGUCCCAACAUCUUAUGCGAUGGAAUAGUAGAGGGAACCUCGUGUGUUCAUGUGUCCCCACAGGUUCAAAAACCUCCUCAGUGGUAUUGCCCUCUCGACCCUCCCCCUAGUAGCAAAGAAAACGACAGCAAGAAAAAAAAGCUGCCGGAUAAAUCAAAAAAGCAAGACGAAAAGCAGCCUGACUCAGGUAAAAAACCAAAGGAAUCGAGCAAAGCAGAGAAAGCAAAGCAAGCAACCAAAGAACCAGAGGGAACCAGAAAUGCGAAGAAGCCUGAGGCAUUGGCUGAAAAACGCAAAGACGGCAGCAAGAGCAGCGAAAAAGACAGAAAAGACAGAAAUGCUGAGACAGAGAAUAAAAGAGCUGAGAGCCGUCUAAAGGCAAAUGAAUCAAGUACCUCGGACAAUAAACCAGAGACUGCCAAGAAUGACACAAGGAAACGCGACAGUAGCAGCCAGCGGCAGCCCCCGCAGGGCAGCCACUCCUCGGACACGAAGCCUGAUCCUAAAAAGGAAGCUAUCAAGGAAAGGGAGCAGGGUACUACUUCCUCAGGAAGCCAACCAUCCUCUAUGACGGGGCAAAACCGACGCAGACAACGCCGCCCAAACGCCGCAAACGGUGAAACCGGAGCAAAUGAAGAAAAACGACAAAGCGCUGACGAUGAGCAGGGAGACAGGACAAGCACUCGACCUACGGAGAGAAACGAGAAUAGGCAUCAGGAAGGAUCCGGAGUGCGCAACCGGACAAAUUCUCGCACGGGUAAUUCUUCAGACAGCACUGACAACAAUGCACAUUCCGCAAUGUCUGGGGCCCAAAACAGUAGAAACGAGUCUCAGACAUCGCAUGCCCAAACCCAAGAAAGCGCAACGCAGACAACUUCAAGAAGGCAACGAAGAAGCUCGACGGAAGACCAGCAAAAAGAAAACACACAAAGCGCGAAGAAGGAAGACAAACAACAACAACAAAAACGAGGCACAGGACGUUCAGAGGACGGAGCAGACAGCGAACAAGAGAGGCGACAGGAGCGCCGGAGCCGAGCGGCUGAAGCGGCAAGCUCAACAGACAGACAAGGUCCAGAGAGAGAAGAAGGUUCCAGCAGUGCUCCUGCUGCUGAUCGCCAGCGGCGUCCGCAAGGCCGAGGGCAGCGGCCAACUCCAAGAGCAGAAAGUGGUGAAGAGGAUGAGCGGAACGGCGACUUGACGCGUCAUGACUCCACCACGCAAGCUCGUACAAGGCGGCCACCGUCGCAGGCGCAGCAAGCGCGAGACGGGUCACGCGCAAACGAAGGUUCUGGAGAGCUCCGAAGCGAACAUGCCACAAGCGUUGUGGAUGAAGAUAUAGCACUGACAGAAAGCAAGAGGAGUCGAAGACUUGAUUCAUUGCUGAGGAGAAGAGCAAAGAAUUCUGGUUUGGUCUCCGACGUUUCGAAAAUAGAUACAGGACAGGAUAAUAGCGAUGACGAAGCAAAACGUAACCAGGUGUCUGCAGAGAUUAGCAUGAGUGAAAGUAAGCAACAUGCACACGCGAGCUUACUCCAUGCGGGAUAUUCAUCAAGUGCGCCACUGAGCUACUCAGCUGAAAGAAUGAAUGAGACUGGAAAGGGAGGAACGAGCUUCGAGCCAGCCCAAAUGACUGCUGCACCCAUGCCGGACUCUGGCUUUGUCAGGGCGGUGUCACCGCAGCAUUACUUUGUGACGGGAGCCCAGCGCAAGUUAACUACAGCGGCAAAUGUUGAUGGCUCUCUGGAACUGAAGCUGCUCCACCAGACUGCUGAACGUUUGAAUGCGCCGUUGCCCUCCCUUGAAUCCGACGGUAAUUCGCACUGGUUGACAAAAAACUCAGGAGAAGAUACGCGCACCAAAGAAUUGGGACGGCGAACCGCAUAUCGCAAUUUGAAUCUCACUGCAUCAGGAGAUAUAAAUUCCGAAGUUUUGCGUGGGCCAACGGAGCCUGUUGUUGAAGGCAGCAGUGGAGGCCAAUUUCCUCGGCGACUAGGUUUUACAAAGCUACCUUACGCAUAUUUCAUCAUGGGCGUUAACCAAUGGAGAUACAUUCAUGACCCUGUUCAUCAGCUGAAAAUGGAGGCGGCUGCACAGCACGCAGCAGAGAAGGCAGCCUUGAAGAAAGGUGUUCAGAUCCAGGAAAUCAGCCCCUUGGAUCCAACUACUGGACUACUGGGUCUUCCAACUCCCGCGGGGCCGCAGGUCUACACGCAUGAUUUAAAAGAGAAAAAGAAACCAAUAAUAUCUCCUCUUAAAGUCCGAGAACCUGACAUGUGCUACCGGCAAGAAAAACGAAAGCCUCUUGUGCAAUGCCCUGUAGGAUUUACUGAGAAUAAAGAAGGUGGCUGCUACAUGUUUGUCGCUCCUACGUUCACUUGUCUCGCAGGAUACUUUUAUGAGAACGGGCAAUGCAUACAGCAUAGAGAACUCGACAUCGCAGUCCCUCCAAGUGAAAAGAAGCCCAGUGGAAAGGCCAAGAGGGGCUGA